AUGAGCAACACCAUCCUGAUCAUUAACAUCCCUGUCAUCAUCGUUGUCAUCGUCAUCAUCAUCAUCAUCAUCAUCACCAUCAUGACUGCCAUCAUCGUCGUCAUCGUCACCAUCAUCAGCAGCAUCAUCGCCGUCACUACCAUAAUUGCCUCCAUCAUCAUCAUCAUCAACAUCAUCAUCAUCAUCAUCACCAUUAUCAUUAUCAUCAGCAUCGUCUCCAGCGUCAUCAUCGCCAUCUUCAACAUCAUUGCGCGUCUCACCGGGGUCACUGCGACAGAGUCAGUCUAUCAUGAAUUGGACCGGGGACGUACCAUCACCCGGACUCACCCCACCAAGCCCCGCUGGAAUGAGGCUGAAUGUGGUGACGGCAGUGCUACAUGUCGGCAAAUGGGUCUAGACUCUAGCGUGAACUUACAGAUCGUGGAUCUCACUCCUUCGAAAGGGCAGGCUCAGGUACUGAUUGCAGGCUCAGGACUGGUCCCGGGCUUGCGGCGGUUCUCUAGAGGUUGUGGCACAGUGCACGGUUGGAGUUUUCCCAAUACGGGCAGGGCAAAGAUGGUAAGGAUGGCCAAAUUAAUGAUGCGAGAGGCCGGUGACAGGAACAAGGAGGCCCACAAGCAGAAGGUCGGACAGCUUUUCAACCAGCUCGGGGCAGCGGAUUCUGCUGCCCAGUUGCAAGCAUGGCCAAUUGACUGUUGUCAACCUUCGGCUCAUACUACCUUGGGCGCCUUCCGCAUGGUCAGCUCGGGCUGUGUUGCAGCGACUGCUUCAUACACACUGCCCAUUCUCGCGUGCUGCAGCUGGAGCCUUCUGUCGCUACUGAACGCUGAGUUGCCUUCCUUGCAAAGGCUCCAACGAUUUUUCGAGUAUGGGACGCAGCAUGAAGAGCCAGCUCCUCCUGACGGCGGGACCCCAGAAGAAGCGAAGCGAAAACAUGGGCAAUGGCCAGUGGUGUCCGUCGAUUUCGCGAAGCCAUCGAUCGGCCUUUGCUUGUGGUGCUGCUUUCCAAUUUUGGGAUAUGCAGUGGUCCGUGGCCUGAGUGGAUGUCCGCAGUAUACCUGGUAUUGCUGGCAAGUAGAGGACCAGACGACUUCCUCGCACCUACGCAACCUCCUCCACCUGCUGACCGCAAGCAUCCUGUUGGCGUGGCUUUGUAGCGUUCCCCCAAGCGCGGCACGAUACCGUGCCUUGUUCGUGUCUGUUGCUUUCUGUGAGUUUCUCAUCAAUAAGGCUAUUUGGGACAGCUGCGAGGACUUCAUGGCUCACAGUGUCUCUGUUGGAAGCACCUUUGGUGCCUUUGACGUUUUUAUUGCACUAGCCACGCUGCUAACACUGGUGAUCCACACCUGUGAGGGUUUGCCGAGCAUGCGCCGAUGCUUUCAGAAGUUCUGUGAGACGAUGGGCCGUCCCACGGCCACAAACCCAGAGCUCUACAUGACCGCUUCUGGACAGAGGAACUACCUUCUCUAUAUGUCCCUCCUCACGGUCUUCCACGUGGGUCUCUUCUUGGCCUUUGCGGAUGACGUCCACGCACAUCACUACUGGAUGGGCUUCGUGGUGGCCUCCUGCUGCAUCUUUCCGACACCUUUGUCAAGGCUCAUGCUGCUCAAGUCCGUAAUGAUGGCCAUCGACGGUAUCGGGGUGUGGGGUGCAGAUGCCAUUGUGGGAGAAGAUGAGGGCGGCAUGUCCGAAAGCGACGCUGACCUGCGGCUGAUCUUGUGUGUGCUUGUGGUCCUGGCGUUUGCAGUUGCAGUUGGCGUCAACCUCUAUCGAGAUCCGUGCAUGAGGUCUAGCAGGCGGCAGCAGACAGACACCGAAUGA